ACAACCACUGCAGCCCUAACUACAACAACUGCUGCUCCUACGACCACUGUAACUCCACAACCUACUACGACAACCAGUGCAGCUCCUACUACAACAACUGCUGUUCUAACGACCACAGUGACUGCAGCACCUUCUACAUUAACUACAACUUCAGCACCUACGACAACCACAACAACAGCACCUACAACAACUGUAGCUGCCACGACAACUGCAGCUCUUGCAACAGCAUUAACAUCUACGACAACCACUGCAGCCGUAACAACAACAACUGCUGCUCCUACGACCACUACAGCUCCAGAACCUAUUACGACAACCACUGCAGCUCCUGCUACAACAACUACAACAACUUCAGCUCCUACGACAACCACAACAACAGCACCUCCAACAACUGCUACUCCUACGACCACUGUAAUUCCACAACCUACUACGACAACCAGUGCAGCUCCUACUACA